AUGCAGCAUGCAACUGGGUCGAUGUUAACUCAUGGCGAACGACGACAUCAGCAGACUGACGCUCGUAGUGCUGUAAUUAAUCCGUCCGUAUUUCCGCGCGUGUUAUCUAAAAAUAUCGCCUGUAUCGGUACCAUUUCAUAUCCGUCAUCAAGGUUAAUUGCAUCAUUGGAAAAAGAUCGAGAAUCGGACUAUGAAGCACCGAAGUCUGUCUGUGAUGACAUCGAUAAAUUGGUCACGUCAUUGGACAACCGCGUUGAAAGUGAAAAAGUGAUAAUGUUGUUACGAAGAUACGCAAAAAUAUUUGAUACAACAAAACCAUCCGUUACUGAUACCACCACCAAACACGUCAUUGACCUGGAAGAAGGUGGUCGUCCUGCCACCGCAGCAUAUUAUCGACAAAAUCCGAAAAACAAUGAAAUUAUUGAUGAAACGGUGAAACAACUAUUACAAGGAGACAGAGCGGAACGAUCUUAUUCAGCAUGA